UUGCAGUCAAGAGGGAGGAAUCGGAGCAAGGGUCCUAAUAUCGCACCUUGCGCUCCGAUCCUUUCGAGCGACAAAAAUCUAAGUAAACAACCGAGGAAUAUCAUAUACCCAUGCAGCGCGCGAGUCCAUGAUAUAUUGUUUAUUAUUGUUUAAUCUACAACCAGCCGAGGGCCGCAACUGCAAUGGAGAAUAACCCAAGGAAUCCUUUGAUGCGCUUUAUCAUGUCCGUUUACGAAAUGAUCGACGGACCGGUGACUUUUUUCCGAGAGAAAAUCGUCGAGCCAAAUCAACAACACUAUCCUUACUACCACCAAAAGUUUCGCCGGGUGCCUACCAUCGAUGAGUGCGGCACCGAUGAUCCUAUGUGUGAGUGGGAGGCUCAGCAACAGUUCGAUAGGGACCAGAUGGUUGACAACGAGAUACUCAGUAUCCUGAGACAGCGACACGAGCACUGUGUCAAUGAAGAUAAUGAUCAAAGAGAGGGUCCCAAGUGUGAAGCCAUCUACGAGUACUACAAGCAGGCUGAGGCUAACUGGUUUGGAAAGUAUGGUGAUCUUGGACCCACACCCAAGGUAACUGCGGCCUUCAUGAAGCAGAAGCAUCGCAUGGUGUGGGAACGCAGACACGGCCCUAUCGGCUCGGGCAUGAAUGAAGAGUUCAUUGAAAAAUUCCCUCUGCCAAAGGAGAACAAACAUCUUGUUGGUAACUUUGACGAACCAAAUUACCUUCAGACUUAUAAAACAGAAGAUGGCAAAGAAGUGUUCAAAAAAUACAGACCCAGACCUUGCUUCCCAUUGUACGAGGAUGAUGGAUACUGGGAUUAAUCAAAGAAGUUACCUGUUGGGAUUAGUUCAUGUACAGUUUUCUCUUUAAUAAAUUAACAUUAUUACCAAUAUUACUCGUAAUAUCACUGCUGGGCUUUAGUAAGUAAUAAUAAAUAAAAAAAUUACCAUUGUUUACUUUCCGAACGAAA